ACGCCAUUGUCGUAAGCGUCCUAGCCGGUAUUUGUUGCUGGUUUUUAUUUUCAUAAAAAAUUAUCUUUAUUUUUCACCUACACACAUAAAAACAGUGUUAUCACACGUCCCGUUGUGUAAUUUCGCCAAUACCCUGGUUCGUAAACCAUGAGUUAUUACAAGCCCAGUUACAGUCAAACAGCGGCCAUGACACGUGGUCGGGGGUAUUCUCCACGUGGGUAUCGUGGGGGUUCGGGACGUGGUUCAUGGGGCGGCGGACGAGGCGGUUAUCAUAGCCGAGGCGGUGGCAGGAACUUCGAUUCAUCGUUUUCAGACUCUUUUGACUCGAGGUCCAAAUAUGGGGGCUCCAGCGAUCGGUAUUCGGGCUCCAGGGGACAUGGCCACGGCCAUGAUGAUUUCCGCAAGUCGUAUCGCAUGGAUUCGGGCUAUUCUGGGCGUGAUAGUGGUCAUCGUUCUCCCGACCGCAAAAGACCGCGAAACGAGGCCCCUAGUUCACGUCACGAUAGUUCUUAUGGUGGUUAUGGAUCGAGCACAAGUCGUUAUGAUUCAAGUUAUUCAGAUCGAAGAAGUUUUUCGAGUGACCGACAUCCUGGAUCGUUUUCACGAAGAGAUGACUUUCGUAGACCGUCUGGUCCUCCAAGAGGAGGAUACAGAGGACGUAUCAGUUCUAGGGGCUCACGGGGCCUGAAGCUUAGAGAUCGUCCAACACGAAGACGCCUCGUUGAAAGUUCAUAUGCCGUGCGUAAACGAAUUAUACCUUCACGUACAUCAGACUACGCCAGGAAACUUAAAAUUUCCAAAAUGCGGAGCGCAAUAGCAGCUCGUAAGAAACGAGCAAGUGACAAGGAAGAUUCCGACGAGGAAAAGGAAGAAAAAGACGAGAAGAACGAAGAAGAGGAGGAAGAAGAUAAGAACGAAAACAAUGAAGGAGUCGAAGAAGAUAAGAAACCCACAAAUAAAGAAGAAAUUUCCGAUAAAGAAGACAAGGGUGAAAAGGGAGAUGAACCCGCAAUGCGCAAAACUUUCAUCAAAUUGAACUGUCCCCAUUGUGGAAUUAAAGCCGUCACUUUCAGAAAGUACGAUUUGCAUUUGCAAAGUCGUACUCAUAUGAUGGCGAUGCGUAAAGUUGCAAUUAAGCAAAAAUCAAUUCUUGCUCAGAUGAGACAGGCGCAGAGAAAUGCUCAGAACGAGUUGGAGAAAACAAGCGAUGAUUUAGCACCAAGGACUAAUUUCUGUCCGUUGUGCAAACUUAAUUACAAACAACGUAAAGCUGUUCAUCAAAAUUCCGAUGCGCAUAAAAAUAUGAAAAAGUUUUUGAUGCCGUACUGCAAAUUGUGUAGUAUCACAUUUAAGAGUCCUAUGAUGUAUGAGAGUCAUUGCUGUUCUAUUGAACAUUUGAAGAGAAAACAACGCGUCGAAAAUGGAGAGAACAGUGAUGAAUUUGAUGAUGAAGCCAACCUUGAAAACUUUACAACUAUUGAUUCAGUUGGUAAUGAUGGUGAUGUGUCUGAAGAAGAUGAUAAAAAAGACACAAAUAAAGAACCUGUAAAUGUUGGGAUUGAACAGAUUCGUAAAGUCGAGGCAUAUUAUUGUGAUUUGUGUAAAAUGUACGUUGGUCGUGGUAGCGAUGAUAUGAUAACCCCAAUUUUGGCAAGACAUUGCAAGCAACGAACUCACAUGCAAAGAUACAUCCGAUACAAGGAAGAUAAAGAUCUUGAAAAACGCGCAGAGAAAUUACAACGAAAAGAAACCGCUGAAAAAGAGGGUAAAGAGAAACAAGUUAAGGAAAAUACAGAAGAAACCACACCGAAGAAUAAGAAAGAGGAACAAGAGACUGAAAAAGAUGAUGAAUCGGCUAGCAAAGUCCUCGACGAUGAAGAAGCCAGAGACGAUAAACUUUGGGCCGAUGUUGACAAAGAUUUAGACGAUAUUUUGGCUAAAGAAGGAACGAAAAGUUCUGAUGAAGAUGAAGACGUAAACGGGGAACGUUAUGAUAGUUGCAGAUUUAAAUAUAGCGAAAAGAACGGUGAGGAAAAAGUCGUCAAAGAAGGUGAAGGGGGCGAAGCCGUUGCGGCCGAAGUGAAAGUUGCUGAAGUUACAGCUGAAAAGUAAUUAAUUUUAAUAUGGAAUGACUGUUAACUUUUACGUGGAAAUACCUGUGUUUGACAAGUGUAGCAAGUUUUGUUUAACAGUUUUAUUUUAAUUAUAAUUAGGGAUAUUUACAGUUUCGUAGGUUUAGAAAUCAAUUUGAAGACUUUGCUAUCAAGAUGUGAAGCAUAGUGAUAUUCAUUCUACAUGCCAUCAAAUAAAAAAUAAAAAAAAUUGUA